AUGGAAAGGCGCGGAGAUACGGCGGAACGCCAGGAAAGGACGUUUCGAGUCGGUCGACGCUCAUGUGAUCAGUGUCGUACCCGUAAGAAGAUUGACGGCAUCGCUGAAGAUAUCGAUGGAAUCAAAUACUUGCUGCAGGCUCUUCAACUCAACGGACCCGGGGCUCAGCUUGAGACCCUACCAAUGCUCCAAAGGAUGCAGCACAACUCAGCAUCGCUCCCCAAAGAUACACAACAGAUCCCUGAAACAGACGAUGAGAUUGCAUGGGGCCAUUCAUCGCACAUGAUCGAUUUCAUCAAAGCUAUUGUGAGAGACGGAGCCUCACGAUCAAUUGAUCCUGAAGCAAACCAGGCGUAUAACGCGGUCGAAGAUUCGAAAGUCAUGCAAGCUUGGACAUUCAUCUCUGCUGCCUCGAAUCAUUGCGUAACGCUCGGUUAUAACCGCCACCAGCUCUACCGUGAGCGAGAUAGGUUUUCAUUGCUCGCUCAAAAUAAUCUCUUCUGGGCAGUCUACCGACUAGAUAAAGGCAUAUCGCUCCGGCUCGGACGAUCUUCUACGAUACGUGACGAAGAUAUUUCCUUGUUGCCAAUGCCUGAUGACCCGGGCAUCAGGACAGCUAGGAUCCAGGGACGGGCCUACGAUGAGCUGUAUAGCCCGAAAGGCCUGAUGCGUGAAGAUACCGAGCGCGCAUACAUCGCAGAAUCCCUUGCUACAGAACUGCACCAGUGCAUCAUCGAUACGCGCGCUGCAAUUUUGAAAAGUGCCGACAACCUCGCUGACGACAGUUCGGACCCAGUAGGAGCAGUCUAUAUGCAAUGCGAACUAAUCUGUCAAUACUCUUUGCUCACUCUGGUGCUCCGUGCUGUUCCUGCACCGGCAGGGGCCUUGUGCAGCAUCUCUGACGAAUGUCUCAAGGUUGCGCGCGAAGCUCUUCGCGCACAUGAGGAAUGCAUUGUUACCCGGUUUGCAGCAUCGCUAGAGCCAUCAGGUUUAGCAAAGUCAAAUUCGAUAACAGAGCCUCAUCAUCUCUACAACAUUCUUUGCAAAGCUGCGCGAUUGUUCUUAGACUUCAACACUGGUCCCGUGGAGGGCGAUUUACUUGGGCUCGGUGUAACUACGCCACUAGAAGUUAGACAUGAGGAAGGUUGGUUAGGGGAAUGGUUCUAUGGAAAUCAGCUGGUCAUGAGCGUUCUGGACGAGAAUGCCUUCUUCUGA